AUGUCUGCUCAACAGUUCUACGGUGAUAAAGGUUACGGUCCUGCUCCUCCCCAACAAGCCUACGGCGGUUAUCCUCCUCAACAAAACUACCCUAGCUACCCUCAAGGAGGCGGUGGUUAUCCUCAACAACAGCCCAUGUAUGUUCAACAACCUCCCCAAAAUCAAAGUGCUGGUGGUGGUGAUAUGUGCUGUGGUUUGUUGGCCGGUCUUGCAUGCUGUUGCUGCUUGGAUGCGUUGUUUUAA